AGAAAAGCGUCUCGCGCCUCGGCUUCGUCUUUGUGUAAUUUAUUUCAGGUAGUGCGAUGUAAACGGAUAUACUUGUUUUUCCCCCUGUAAACUACAGUAACGUUAGCCGGCAUGUUACAGGCUGCUCACAGCGGAGGUGACAUCACGUCUCUCCAGUCAGCGGUCAGUAAUGGACAGAAAUGACAGCUAGAGCACCGCAGCCAUUAUCCAAACAGGAGUGUUAUGACAGUCAACACAGAGGAUGCUGAGUAAUUAUCUCUAAUCCCGCGGUGGCUAACAGCUGUAUACGGCACCGCCUUCGCCUCUCCUACGUUUAUCCUUUAAAACGAGAAACCUGAGCAUUUAUUCUAUACAUUUAUCAUGGUGUCGCUGCUGGACUUCAACGAAGAAUGGCCCUCAACAUCCACCGUAGCCUUACAUGUUAUGCAUUAGGCGUCAUGUGAACAUCCGCCACAAAGCGACCAAGAUGGGAUGCAUCAGGGUUUUUCUGCAGCGAAUAAGGCGCAGGGUGAAGCUGGACCGGUUCAGAGAGCUGGGCCGACAGUAUCCCGUUUUCUGCUUUCUGCUGCUGGUCCUGCUUCUGUCCACUGUGCUUUUGAACAGAUAUAUUCACAUUAUGAUGGUGUUUUGGUCCUUUCUGGCUGGAGUAGUCACUUUCUACUGCUCUACAGGGCCUGAGUCUCUGCUUCCCAACAUAUUAGUCUCCAUCAAAUCAAAAAACAAGUCAUACCAACAGGAGCUGUUUCCACUAGGCCACAGCUGUGCUGUUUGUGGAAAAAUCAAAUGCAAAAGACACAGACCAACUUUAUUACUGGAAAACUAUCAACCAUGGCUUGACCUGAAAGUCCCCUCUAAGGUGGAUGCUUCUCUUUCAGAGAUUCUGGAGCUAGUUCUGGAGAAUUUUGUGUAUCCUUGGUACAGAGACAUCACAGAUGAUGAGGCGUUUGUUGACGAGCUCAGAGUGACUCUGCGCUUCUUUGCAGCUGUGUUGGUCCGGCGGACCCAGAAGGUGGAUGUGGCAUCCCUCAUCACACAAAAGCUGCUUAAAGUUUCCAUGAAGCACAUAGAAAUAAUAAGCAAAGCAAGACAGAAAGUGAAGAACGCAGAGUAUCUUCAGCAAGCUGCCCUGGAGGAAUACGGCCCUGACCUCCAUGUAGCACUUCGAAGUCGUAGAGAUGAGCUCCUCUACCUUAGGAAGCUGACUGAGAUGCUCUUCCCCUACAUCCUGCCACCCAAAGCUACAGACUGCAGAUCUCUUACUCUGCUGAUUAGAGAAGUUUUGGCUGGUUCUGUCUUCCUUCCUUCCAUGGACUACUUGGCUGAUCCUGACACAGUGAAUCAUUUACUUUUGAUAUUCAUCGAGAACUCCCCUCCUGAAGAAGCCACAGAGCCCGCAUCGACGUUGGUUCCUUUCCUGCAAAAGUACUCUGAUAUCCGCAACAAGAAGAACUCAGUUUUAAAGCUCGAGUUGAAAGAAAUCAGAGAACAGCAAGACCUUCUCUUCCGUUUUAUGAACUUUCUGAAGCAAGAAGGUGCUGUUCAUGUGCUCCAGUUCUGCCUUGCUGUCGAGGAAUUCAACGACAGGAUCCUGUGCCCAGAUCUGUCUGACACAGAGAAGAUGAUGCUUCACGAGGAGGUGAAGAAGAUCUACGAGACGUACUGUUUGGACGAGAGUGUUGACAAGAUCCGCUUUGACCCCUUCAUAGUGGAAGAAAUACGCAACAUUGCAGAGGGUCCGUUCACCGAGGUGGUGAAACUGCAGACCAUGAGGUGUUUGUUUGAAGCCUAUGAACAUGUCCUGUCCCUCCUGGAGAAUGUUUUCACCCCCAUGUUCUGUCACAGUGAUGAGUACUUCCGCCAGCUCCUGAGAGGGGCAGAGUCCCCUGCAAGGAACUCCAGGAUGAGCAGAAAUAGCCUCAGUUUGGAUGACAUUAGUUCCUGGGACUGGAGCCCUGAGUCUCCGUCCUCACUGUUCACCGCAUCCGGCAGCUCUUCACCUGCAUCUUUUAACUCCCUCCAUGCCCAGUCCACGUUCACAACUUUCCCAUACGGCUCGCUAUCCCACCGCCACUCAUCACCCAAGAACACGUCAAAGAGGGGCGAGUCCUUUGGGAUUAGCCGCAUUGGCAGUAAGAUCAAAGGAGUGUUCAAGAGCACAACCAUGGAGGGCGCAAUGCUGCCAUCCUACGGGCUGGUGGAGGGAGAGGAUGAUAUGGUGGAGGAAGCCAUGAUGGUGUUGGAGGAUGACUCCCCCAUGGAGGCGGCCUCCACCCCCAGCACCCCCCGAAACCUGUCCGCCUGGAACAUCACCAUCCCGUACAUUGAUUUCUAUGACGACGAUGUGAAGAGGGAGAGGAUUCCGGUGUUCUGCAUCGACGUGGAGCGCAAUGACCGGAAGGCAGUGGGACAUGAGACUGAGCACUGGUCGGUGUACAGAAGAUAUUUGGAGUUCUAUGUUCUUGAAUCAAAGCUUACUGAGUUUCAUGGCUCAUUUCCAGAUGCGCAGUUGCCUUCAAAGAGGAUCAUCGGUCCCAAGAAUUAUGAGUUCCUCACAUCAAAGCGGGAGGAGUUUCAGGAAUACCUUCAGAAGCUUCUGCCGCACCCGGAGCUAAGCAACAGUCAGCUCCUCGCCGACUUCCUGUCUCCUCACAGUAUGGAGUCUCAGUUCCUGGACAAGAUGUUACCUGAUGUGAACCUCGGAAAAAUCAUUAAGUCAGUUCCCAGCAAACUGAUAAAAGAGAAAGGGCAGCAUCUGGAGCCCUUCAUCCAGUCCUUCUUCAACUCCUGUGAAUCUCCUAAACCCAAACCCAGCCGCCCCGAGCUCACUAUCCUUAGCCCAACGUCGGAAAAUGAUAAAAAGCUCUUCAACGAACUCUACAAAAACAACGCCAACCGAUCAGAGCUGACUGAGAAGCGUCACAAUCAGAACUACUUCAUGGAAAUGAUCACGGUUGAAGGGCUGUAUGACUACAUAAUGUUUUUGGGCCGAGUGGUCUUCCGCAUCCCCGACUGGCUGCACCACCUGCUGAUGGCCGGCAGGAUGCUGGUGAAGAACACGUUGGAAGCCUACACAGAUUAUUACCUUCAGUGCAAACUGAACCAGGUGGUUCAGGAGCACCGGCUAGUCUCACUCAUCACCUUGCUUCGAGACACAGUUUUCUGUGAGAGCAGUCAGCCCCGCUCGACUCCGGACAAGCAGAGGAGGGCAAAGAAGACAUUCGAGGAGAUGAUGACCUACAUUCCAGAUUUUCUGGGCAAGUGUAUCGGAGAAGAGGCCAAGUAUGGAGGUGUACGUCUACUCUUUGAUGGACUGCAACAGCCAGUUCUCAACAAACAGCUGACGUAUGUGCUGUUGGACAUUGCCAUUCAAGAGCUUUUCCCUGAACUAAACAAGGUACAGAAGGAGACCUCUGUGAUGGCUCCCUGGAUGUAAAAUGAGCAUUACAACGGACAAUCAGCUGACAUGCUCUCUCCACAAUGAACUGAAACAUCUGCAGAGACUUGUGUUGGUGUGUUUACAUGAAACCUACAUGCAGAGCAGACCCCAUGUACAGCAUCUGACCUGGAUACAUGCCACAGCAAGAAGAGGAAACACAAGGCGUUUCCUGCUAUAUGUGUCAUUAACAUAGCAAAAUAAAUGAUACAACAGUGUUACGAGCACACUGUUGCAUUGUCUUUUAUCACUUACAUUGUAGUCGAAAUCACCUCUUGAAAAUUGUUCACGAUGAAAUCCGUUUUAUUUGAAACAAUCACAAGACAUAAUUCAAUACAUCAUUAUAACAAAACACAUUUAAACGCUAUUUGUCGACUAAGAUUACACGAGUAAUGUACAGACUCAAUAACAGCAGGAAUAAUACUUCAGAAAAAAAAUCAUAAUUCACAUUGAUAAACUGUUGUCACAAUACCAUUUAUUUUUUAGGUUAAAAAAUACCUGAGAAAGGGCCUUCUACUUCCCUUUUAAAUAUGUACUAACAGGCUUACAAAAGUACUUUAUAAAGAUGGAAUUACGAACCAGAUGAACGUCAAUGUUUGGUUUGAAACAAAGUAUUUGAUCCGCUCGGGGUUUUUGGUUCUUGGCAAAACAAAACAUGUCAAGUUCAUACAAGGAGAGGUUGAAAAAGGUAAUGUUCAUGAGAAGAAACACAUGUAUAACUUAUUUACUGACCAUAAACUACUAUAGCAAUAUUUUAUCUUGAUGGACAUACUUGUAGCAGUAUAGUUAUUAUUCAUAUAUUAGAUGAGCAGGCACAGUGUUGUUUUUGAAAAGAAAUCUCAUGUGGCACUCAAAAGGUAAUGAACGUGAGUUUAGGAUUGAAGAUGUUCUACAAAAACUACAAUAUAUCAAAGAAUAUGUAUAUUCAACAUUCAGUGCAUUAAUACUUUUGGCUUUGGUUUGUUUUCAUCCAUUUCUAUUCAUGGCAGAUAUAUAGCAGCUAGACAGCUUCCCCUUUAGUUAACUCAAUACAAAGUUGGGCACUAGAGCAGUCUCAAAAACGAACUUACAUGCACGUUAAAAAAUGUUCUAUUAAGGUUCUUCAUUCUUCUUCAGCUGUAAUAUCUUGCUCACAUGCACGAAAGAUGCUGUUAUACAGAACACUUGUCAUCCAAAGCCCUUAAAAUCAUUCAUUUAAAUCGCUGUAUGAAACUACA